AUGAAAUACUAUACGACAGUCUUUAAUUUUUUACUUAUAAUCCAUUUCAGCGUUGGUAUCGACUAUGACGGGUGGUUAAAUAUUAAAAUUGAACACUCUCUUAAUUGUAAUACAGAAAAAUUCUGUACUCGUGGUAAUAUUUCAUUAAAAAGUAUCAGAUCUGGAUCUUCUGUAAUAGAUCAGAUAUCAUUUACUAAAGAACAUAUUGAAGAGUUAGAACAAAUUGCUAGCAUUGAUGGAUUCUACACCAUAAAAACUGUGUGCACAUCACCUGAUAACAAAGAAACAGAAUUUCUCUCAUCUAUGAAAGCACAAAGUUUUCUAGAUAGUGGUCUUUCAGAUGUUAUUGAUGCAUGGCUGCUCCCAAAUGGAGAUGUAAUGGCAGUCAGUUUCCAAGUACAUAACUCUUCACAAGCUUUAUCUUUUGGCAACAACAACAAAAUACAUUCUAAGUUCUAUCUUCGCUAUGUGGAACAAGCUCCUGUACCCGACACUGCCUCAUAUAUACAGAAAUUGGAAAGAGAAAGAGAAGCAAGAGAAAAAGGAGAAGUUAAAGACAACAGAUCAUUUUUAGCAAAAUAUUGGAUGUACAUAGUUCCAGUCGCAAUCUUUGUAAUGAUAUCGGGAGCAACUAAUCCAGAGCCUGCAGGUCAAGCUGCACGUUGA